AUGUCUGGAGCCAGCGAGGGCCUCGAGGUGGAGGUGCACGUGAACUUCGUCUGCGAUGGGUGCGAGGCCGGCCCGAUCCUGGGCCGGCGCUAUCGGAGCCUCACGAGGGCCGACUACGACUUGUGCGAGUCCUGCUUCGGCAAGACGGGCGAGCAUUGGAGCGGCUUCCAGUGCGUUAGGUCUGCCGUCCGCGCCCGGGUGGUGCCUUUGCCCCAUAGCUCACCAGGUUCACUGGGGGGCGGCCUGGUCCGCAGCGGCUUCGUGCGCGCUGGCUGUGUCCAGUCCCCUCUGGUCGGCACCACGCUACAUGCCGUGGAGGAGCUGGAGCGGCAGGUCGGCGAGAGCCUCGAGGUGGAGGUGCACGUGAACUUCGUGUGCGAUGGGUGCGAGGCCAGCCCGAUCCUGGGCCGGCGCUACCGGAGCCUCACGAGGGCCGACUACGACUUGUGCGAGUCCUGCUUCGGCAAGACGGGCGAGGGCGGGCUCGGCUUCCAGCGCGUGAAGUCGAGCGUCCUCUCCCGGGUGGUACCCUCGCCCUGUGGCCCACGAGGGUCGCUGAUGGGCGACGGCCUGGUCCACUACGAUGUCCAGUGCUGUGGCCGUGGCCGUGCCCCCCUUGUCGGCGGCAGCUUCGGGAGCCACGACCGUCCCGGCUGCGACCCCCACGGCCGCUGCCCCGCGGAGCCGCCGGCGAGACGCGAGCGCGAGGCGGGCCGCCUCGCCCAGGGGGCCGCUCCGCAAAGGCGCCGCCCGCCGCCUCGCGAGGGCGGCGGGGCGGACUUCGAAGUGGAGGGCGCCGGCUUGCCCACGCCUGCCGCUGCGGAGGUGCCGGCGGCCGCGGAGUCCGAGCCGCCGCAGGAGCCGCUCGGCGGCACGCCGAGGUUCGGCCUGGCGGACUCUGCGCCGCCCUCGCCGAGGGCGGCGGCGUGCGCGCCGCGGGCUCCCGACGGCCCGAACGGUGGCUCCCUGGCCGCCGCUGCGCGCCAGGCCGCGGGCGCCGCCCUUGCCAUUUGCGGGGAGCCGCUCGAGGCCCUCGCCGGCUGCUGCCAGGAUGCGGGCCCCAAGGAGCCGCUGGCAGGCACGCCCAGGCGCGGCCUGGCGGGCCCCGCGGCCGCCGCGGCCGCGCCGCAGCGCGCCGCGCGCUCCGCGGCCGCCGCCGCGGCAGCCCGCGCCGCCGCGGCAGCCGGCGCGGGAGGCGGCCGCGAGCGCGGCAGCGCGUGCGCGGCGGCGGGCGUGGAGGGCCCCUGCGCUGCGGAGGGCCGCCGCGGGCCCGGCGCCCUGGCCGCUGCGGCCCUGCGUGUUGCGGGCGCGGAGGGCCCCGACGGAUCCGAGACGCCGAGGCCGCGCGGCGGCGAGAGCCGGGCGCCCAGCCAGGAGCCUUUGGCAGGCACGCCCAGGUUCGGCUUGGCGGGCCUGGCGCCGCGUGCCCUGGACGACCAUCAGGAAGAGGACGCCUCGGUGGCCAGCAGGAUCCAUGGAAGCGCCCCCCGCACGAUCGGCCUGCAGGCCGUGCUGCGCGCGCGCGCUGGGCGCGCGGCCAUGGCCUCGUGGUUCUGCGCGCAGCACGCGUCGGUGUGCUCCUGGGCACGGAGGCCAGGACUGAUGGAGCACAAGUGGCAGGCAGAGGACUACCACAUCCUCAGGAACAACUGCUACCAUACGGCACUCCGCGCGCUCGCGGACCUCCUGGAUGUGGGGGGGCUGCCCGCGUGGGUCACGGCGCUGGCGAGCCUGGCCCUGGCGCUGUCGGACAGGGUGGACCGCCUCCCGGCCGACCGGCCCGCGUGCCGGCCGGUCUGCUGCGGCGCGAGAGCGCCCGCCGCGCAGGACCCCUUCGAGGUGAACGAGGAUCCCAACCCCAAGCACGAGUCCCACGAGGACGUGCCGAUACCGGCUGUUUCCGUGGCGGCCGCGUGA